UGUGGUGGCCGCUACACCGUGCUGCCAGGGCUAUGUAGCCCCCGCCCCCCCCCUACUGUAUCCGUAAUAUAAGGGCGGAGGACUGUCAUAGUCCCGAGUGGUCCGUCAGCACCCGUCAAGGUGACACCGUCUGCUGUCAACAUGAGGCUGAAGCUGCUAGUUGUGGCGCUGUGCCUGUUGCUGGGGCUGACUGUGGCCAUCCCCGCUCCUGAUGCACAGCCCGACCCUUCGCCUGUGGCACAGCCCGACCCCUCACCUGUGGCACAGCCCGACCCUUCACCUGUGGCACAGCCCGACCCCUCACCUGUGGCACAGCCCGACCCUUCACCUGAGGCACAGCCCGACCCCUCACCUGUGGCACAGCCCGACCCUUCACCUGUGGCACAGCCCGACCCCUCACCUGAGGCACAGCCCGACCCUGAUCCACGUUAUGGCAGAGGGGGUGGUGGGGGUUUCAGAGGCGGAUACAGAGGCGGGUACAGAGGCUACAGCGGAUACAGAGGCUAUGGCGGGUAUAGAGGUUAUGGAGGUUAUGGUGGAUUCAGAGGCUAUGUCGGAUACAGAGGCUAUGGUGGGUACGGAGGUUAUUAUGGGUACAGAGGCUAUGGUGGAUAUGGUUACUGUUCCUACUACUAUGCAUACUAUGGUUACUGUCCUUAUGGUUACGGUGGUUACUAUGGCUAACGUGGGCAUUGCUACUACGGCUAGCAUGGCUAUUGUAGCUACUACAGCUAGCAUGGGCAUGGCUACAGUGGCUUCUACAUGUAGCAUGGACAUUACUACGGUGAUUAUACCGGCUAGCGUGGGCAUGGCUACUGUAGCAACUACAGCUAGCAUGGGCAUGGCUACAGUGGCAUCUACAUGUAGCAUGGGCAUUACUAGGGUGGUUAUACCGGCUAGCGUGGGCAUGGCUACUGUAGCAACUACAGCUAGCAUGGGCAUGGCUACAGUGGCAUCUACAUGUAGCAUGGGCAUUACUAGGGUGGUUAUACCGGCUAGCGUGGGCAUGGCUACAGUGGCUACUACAUGUAGCAUGGGCAUUACUAGGGUGGUUAUACCGGCUAGCGUGGGCAUGGCUACUGUCAUCAGCCAGCUUGGUCUGCCAGAGAUCCAGAGGCCGCACACUCUACACCAACUUCCGUCUUCCAUGACGACGGUCAACACAAAGUUCCGGGGUCAAUACAGUGUUAUGUGUUAUCGAGUUUGUGAUCAUAAAUGUCGUCUUUCACAGUCAAUAAAUUUGUUAUAUUUUC